AUGAUCCCCAUCCUGAUAGUGACACUUACACUCCCAUCACUGCUGGUCUGCAAAACUCAGGCUUCAAUAGCGAACACCAAAGCCUCUACGUCGCUGAAAGAUGUGCAUUUAUUAGCAAAGGUGGCGGUCGGGGAAGCAGGUAGCGGCUCGCCGGUGGAGACGACGCACCCCAACUUCGGACACAAGCGCGAGCCCAUCGCCCACACACAGGCGAGCAGGUCACUUGAUCUCAAGAGACAUACAUUCAUACACUCCGGGAAAAGACCUCACAAAUGUGAAACUUGCGACAAAUCGUUUGCCCAGUCAUGUCAUCUGAAGACACACGCAUUAAUUCACACCGGAAAGAAACCUCACAAAUGCGAGAUUUGUGGGAAAUCCUUUGCUGUGUCAGGCACUCUCGAGAACCAUUCAAUAAUUCACACUGGAAAGAAACCUCACAAAUGUGUGAUUUGUGGGAAAUCUUUUGCUACGCACAAGUUACAUCGCACAGGAAAGAAACCUCACAAAUGUGAGAUUUGUGGUAAAUCUUUUACUGUGUUACGUGAUCUCAAGCACCAAACUAUAAUUCACACUGGAAAGAAACCACAUAAAUGUGGGAUUUGUGGGAAAUCUUUUGCUUUGUCAGGCUAUCUUAAGAACCGUGCCUUAAUUCACACUGGAAAGAAAACUCACAAAUGUCAGAUUUCUGGGAAAUCUAUUGCUCUGUCAGGCACUCUCAAGAGGCAAGUAUUAAUCCACACUGGAAAGAAACCUCACAAAUGUGAGAUUUGUGGGAAAUCCUUUAAUAUGUUAGGUGAUCUCAAGAGACACAAAUCAGUUCACACAAGAAAGAAACCUCACAAAUGUGAGAUUUGCGAGAAAUCAUUUGCUAGAUCAGAUGAUCUCAAGACACAUGCAUUAAAACACACUGGUUGGGGACCUCAUAAAUGUGAGAGCUGUGGCAAACGUUUCACUGAAUUGGGUAGUCUCAAGACAUAUGCAUUACUCCACUUCAGAAAGAAACUACAAGUAAAUGUUAGUUCAUGCAAAUAG